GGGCGGAGCCCGCUUCGCCGGAAGCGCGCUGCUGGGCCCGAGGCUCGGCUGCCGUUCGGGGACUGCUGGGGACGGGCAGCCCGCCAGGAUGGGCAGCAGCUCGCUGUCCGAGGACUACCGUCUGUGCCUGGAGCGUGAACUGCGGCGUGGCCGCGCGGGUGUGUGCGGGGACCCGUCGUUGCGCGCGGUGCUCUGGCAGAUCCUGGUGGAAGACUUCGACCUGCACGGGGCGCUGCAGGACGACGCGCUGGCGCUGCUCACCGACGGCCUAUGGGGCCGCGCCGACCUGGCCCCCGCGCUGCGCGGCCUGGCCCGCGCCUUCGAGCUGCUGGAACUGGCCGCCGUGCACCUGUACCUGCUGCCGUGGAGGAAGGAGUUCACCACCAUCAAGACCUUCUCGGGGGCCUACGUCCACGUGCUGAAGGCCGCACUCUCUGAGGACCUCCUCGUCCAGAACUUCCAGAAGAUGGGCUACGUGCUCAGGGACAACCACCGCCUCAUGGUGGCUGCUCCGCCUCCUGCCUGCCAGCUGGUGCAAGUGGCUUUGGGCUGCUUUGCCCUGCGGCUGGAGUGUGAGAUCCUGAGCGAGGUACUGGCACAGCUGGGCACCAGCGUGCUACCGGCCGAGGAGCUGCUGCAGGCGCGGCGGGCCAGUGCAGACGUGGCCUCCUGUGUGGCCUGGCUGCAGCAGCGGCUAGCCCGAGAAGAAGAGCCACCACCCCUGCCCCCCCGGGGCUCCCCGGCUAUGUACCACCCCCAGGUGGACCUCUACCGAGACCUGCAGGAGGAUGAGGGCUCAGAGGAGGCCAGCCUGUAUGGUGGGCCCUCGCCAGGCCCGGACUCACCCUCCUCAGAGCUGGCCUACAGGCCUUCACUCUGGGAGCAGAGCGCCAAACUUUGGAGUGCCGGGGGUGGAGCCUGGGAACGGCCUACGGAGGCAGAGGUGCCCCCAAGGGCCAGCAGCCCGCCCUACGGGGCCUUGGAGGAGCUGGAGCCGGAGCCCGAGGCGUUCUCCUUCCUCUCUCUGCGCAGAGAGCUGCCCCGUCAGCCUGUGGACCUGGCUGCUCCCAGAGCCCCUGGGAAGGCCAGCCCCCAGUGUACCCAUGCACCCAUCCUCGAGCACCCUGGCUACCAGGUGCACAGCUGUCUGGCCCCUGGGACCCUGCCCACCCUCUGCUGUGACACGUGUUGCCAGCUGCAUGCUGCCCACUGUACCGCCCUGCCUGCCUGCCGCCUGGGUCACACACUGCGCGCACUGCUUGGUGACACUCAGCAGCGCCUGUGGCUUCAGCGUGCCCAGGUGGACACCCUGCUCUAUGAUGGACCCAGUGCCCAGCCUUAGGCCCAGCCAGGUGCCAGGUUGAGGGCUUUCCAGAGACAGUUUCUGUGGUGCUUCUCUGGGCCAUGUCCCUCCUUAAGCCUGAGCCACUGGCUUACCUGCCUCUCCUGCCCCUCCAGGAGUCCUGGGCACAGCUGGGGUGGGGGUGGGGGGCACAAAGUGGGAGGUGGGGUCCUGCCUUCCACAGGAAGCUCCUGCCUUGGGCCAGCUGAACUCCAGUCCCCAGACGCACACCAGGGUGUAGGAGUCUGGCCCGUGUGUCCUGGUCACAGCACCAAGCCUGUACCCACGAAGGGCCUUCACCCUCCCUAAGGGCCCAGUGGUUGGCCUGCAGCUCCUGACCUGGUCGCUGCAGGUGUCCAGGGGGUUCUCUCUACAGAGGUGUCCUCAGGCUGCAGGUGACACUGUGAGCACGAGCCCUGCUGGGACCAGUCUGGGGCACUGCCAGGCACAUGGCUGGCCUGGCCCCUUCCUGUGACUGCCAGAGGCCAGUGUUGAAUGAGCUGAGUGCUGGCCUGAGAUGGGCUCCAUGUGCCCCCGUCAUAGCUGGGCAGGAAAGUGGGGAGAAGAAAUGACCUGAUCUCAAACCAGAGUGAAGAGCCCCAAGAGCUCUCUGGACAGGCAGCAGGAGGUGGGUGACUGUCAGGACCUGGACAGGUCAGGAGUGUCACUCCCCUUGCAAGUGGCGUGUGGCAACUUCUAAGUAACCAGCACCUCAGAAGCUGCCCUGCUACACUGGCUCUGAAAGGCAGUGUGGGAGUCUCACAGGCUUUGCACUCACCCAUCCUGGGCCCAGGGAUAAAGACACCACCAGGCUCUGAAGCAGCCACCCUGAGGCAGACUGAAGGCCAAGGCAGGCAGGCGGGUAGAGUCCCUUCAGGGGGGUGUCCCAGGAACCCUCAGCCCACAGAACUGGAGGGCAGGUGCCUGUCU